AUGGAACGCCCAAGAUGCUUGGGCGAGAGCUUGACCAACAGUGUUACGACUGCUUUGUUAUCUCCUUCCUUCGAGUCUUGUCCGCCUGUCACUCCACGGAUCGUUCGCACUCCGAGAAUUCCAUAUAAUCGCGACUCAACAUCGACCUCGACUUCGACGUACGCUGAACGUCGGCCCUCUGCAGAGGAGGAAGACAUCUGUCCCAUCCUUCCGUCAGGUAUUACCUUUUCUCUAUCUUCCAAAGCCGCCUCAUUCUCUCAGCAUGGCCGGUUCAAGAAGGAAAGGCUCUCGAGGCCCCCUAACCUCAGGGCCGAGUCUUUACACUUGUCGUCGAUGUGCCGGGCUCAGGAUGGAGACAGCUUCCUUCCCAGAAGUGCUUUAUCAAUAACCCCAAGCUUGAUUGGGCAAUCAAGACAUGUUACCCAGGAAAAUCACCUUACGACCUUCUCCGCCAUCAACCUCAUUCUGGGCAAGACGAUCGGGGUUGGAGUAUACUCAGUGCCGUCCUCAAUAUUCUCGGAAGUCGGAUCCGUUGGAAUGACUCUCCUCGUCUGGGUCGUCGGAGCUAUCAUCUCCUUCUGUGGAAUGUCUGUUUACCUCGACCUAGGCACGGCUAUUCCUCGAUCGGGCGGCGAGAGGGUCUACCUUGAGCGAAUCUUCCGCCGACCUCAAAUGCUUGCCACGUGCAUGUUCAUGGCGUAUGUUGUUCUGUUGGGCUUCAGUACGCCAAAUUGUAUCAUCCUCGGCAACUACGCAGUGUCAGCACUGGGCAUUCAACCCAAUAUCUGGAACGUACGGGGUGUUGCGGUCUCCGUCAUCUCGCUGGCAUGUUUCAUUCACGCACGAUCACCAGCGAUGGGCCUUGGUAUCAUCAACGUGCUAGGCGUGGCGAAGAUGCUGAUCCUGGCAGCCGUUAUCCUCAGCGGUCUUGCCAGUGUUGGUCGGGUCUUCCCAGUCACGGACCCUUCCGCCAUCACUUCCAUCGCCCAGGAAAACUUCACUUCAAUUUGGGCCGGCACGAGCUCCAAACCAUACAACUACGCUACAGCUCUACUGCAGGUGUUGUACUGCUUCCGUGGCUACAACACGGCAAACCAGGUCAUCUCCGAAGUACGAAAUCCAAUAUCAACGAUCAAACUCGCAGGCCCCAUCGCUCUCACCCUCGCAUCGAUAGGAUAUAUCCUGGCCAAUGUCGCCUACUUCUGUGCAGUCGAGAAGGACGACUUUCGCUCUUCAGGCGUCGUCGUUGCCAGCCACUUCCUCCGUAACAUCUUCGGUCCGUUCUGGGGCGAGAGAAUCCUCCCUUGUUUCAUCAUCGUCUCAGCAUUUGGAAACAUUGCAGCCACGUCUUUCGCCCAAGCUCGAGUGAACCAAGAGCUUGGCUCGCAAGGUCUCCUUCCAUUCUCAAGAUUCUGGCGCAGCAAGACCGCUACCGGGGCUCCUGGCCCUGGACUCUUCCUGCAUUGGCUCGUCAGUGUUCUCGUCAUUAUCCUACCACCUCCAGGAGAGAUAUACACUUUUCUUGUUGAGAUCGGCGGCUACCCAGUCUCCGUGCUCUCUGUGGCAGUUGCUGGCGGGCUGUUAUACCUGCAGUCAUCCCCACGAGAGCGAUGGCAGAGCCCUUGUCCUGCACGACGGCUGCACACGAUCAUCUUUCUGGCCAGCAAUUCCCUCCUGCUCAUAUUCCCAUGGAUCAACCCAGGCGAGAAGCAAGGCAACAAGAGCUUCGCAUAUUAUGCGUACCCUGCGACGGCGCUUGGCAUCCUCGGUCUUGGUGCUGUAUACUGGAUAUUUUGGAGGAUCACCAAGGUCGAGAUCAUGCCUGCGGGGACGCCUUUGCUGAAGGAUUGGGAAUCUGCGAGGACUUCGGAAUCGUCAAACGAAGGUAGCAAUAGCCGUGGUGAUACCUCUUUGGAUCAGCAAGAGUCAGUGGGAUGGCAGAAGUCCGAUGGCUUGUUUAUCGUGGAAGACGAAGUGGCGAGUGCCGUGGAUGAGGACGACGCGCACAUGCUGUCUGGCGAAGCAGAAGCCUAGCGUGUUGCGAGAGGAGGGAUCAUUGGAGACUGAAACCGAACAUCCAUAAGAUGGCCUGUACAUUACGAAAACCAAAAGCAAGCAAGCACGCAUCACAUAACGAUUGUCAAUAUCAGAGUACAAAGUUGCCUUUCUAAUACUGGUCAUCAUUCUGGGGAAAAAUGCUAUUGCAGCAUUGGCUGUUUCAAGGUUCCUGCCCGACCAGUGUUCCCCGAAGCUGAUCGAUCCAAUAACUCGAGGAAUGCCCUGUGUCUUUGUUCUCGCAUCGCCUGUACCUGAAAACAGAAACUACGCCGUAUGCAUGCCCUGCUCGCCAGGACCCUCCCGACAAUGCUCAUGUGAAGAUUUACAAAGGGUUGAAUGGCAGUCACCACUGUUCCCAUACGGAAGGAUCCCUAUUGUGACAUUGACCCUUAACGUCCGAUGAAGCAAAAUUCCUAUUGAGUACUAUCUACAGCUUAUUUUGCACAGAAGAGACCAUCCUAAUCCGUGGAGGAGCAGAGUUCUUUAGCGUGAGUGGAACGAGACUGCCAUCCGCGGCUGUCAUGUUCCACAUCAAUUUCCAUAGACCGUCGGUGUCGGUGUCCUGCGCGAAGAACAGAGACUCCACAUUCCCCGAAGAAGUCAACAACAUUGCGACGUGCCCGUAGA